CUAUUACCAUUAUCGUAGGGCCACUUUUUCCUUCCAACUCUAUGCUAUUCGGUCCGAGUAUACGACCGCAUUAAGAAAAGAGAGAAAAAAACAGAGACAACCGAAUCCGGAUUAUUUUUAUAGAAUGGCGUUACACAACGAAUCCUCAAUUCUCCAAUGAAGCACCUUGCCACUAACAGCCUUACGACCUUACAGUCCAUUACAGGAUUUUAUUUAACAUGUUGAAAGAAAUGAACAAGAGAGUAUCACUGAAAUGUGUUGGAAAGACGACGUGCCUCGAACAACAGUUAGACAUCUCUGAAUCUAAAGUAUAAAAAUCUUUACAAUUUCGUGCACUCUAAUAAGCAGAACGGUUUACGCUCUACAGGUAUCAACCUACUCAUCAUUUCCUUAAAAUCGCUUUGUAUGGCCUUUUCAAGAUUUUGGAGAAUUUCGCUCGCGUUUUAACUUCAAACAAUCCGAUAAAUUACCUCAACGUUUAAAUAAAGAAAUACGCAACAAGAAAAUUAACUUGGAUAAUAAUUUAUAUUUAAAACUGAAUUGUAAUAGAUUGAAUACUUAAACAAAGAUUUGAGCUCAUAAAAUUUAUUUAGGCUCUGAGCGUGAAGGUUCUAAUCAUCCUAGUUUCUUGGUCGCGGAGCCUAUUAUCUGCUUGGAUUUUACAUGACAAUCUACGAAUUAUUUACUACCCAAUAACAAAAUGUUAUUAACUGAUACUAAUGAACAUUACUUUCAUUGGAGCUUACAAUAUUACAAAACGAAUCAUUUAUGCUUUGGCAACUUAUUUUCCCAUUGUAACGAAAGGUAAAUACGAAAUUUGAGAGUGAUCACCGAUAUUACUGAUUAAUAAUUUUAACAUUUAAUUGAUAAAUUUGUUAAAUAAACUUUUGUUCGUUGUCUCGGUCACACUGUUGUACAGUUAAAUUCGCCACGUUAAAAUUUACUCUGCUAUAGAAUAAAAUAUUCACGCUAGAGGGAGUCACAAGCUCCUAUACUAUACCAGUUCACACAGCCGUAACGCAAGAAAUUUGUAGUGCUUGAAGAAUUUCUUACAUUUAUGUGUUUAAUGUAAGAGAAAAUAGAUUAUCCAGAGAUAUAUGUUAAGUGAAUUAACAGUGCAUUAUAUACAGAUUCAUUGAAUUAGUUCAUUGUUGUACAUAACAAAAAUUUAUACUUCCCUAUGAAUUUACUUACAGUCCAUUUUUCCAAGCAACUAAGAUUGCUCUUCUAUAAUAACAUUAAUGAUAUAAUUAGACGAUAUAAUCAUGCAUCAAAUAAAAAGUAUACUACAUCAACAACAAUCAAAUCAGAAAAAUUUCCAGAUUAUAAAAUAAUUUAUAUGUUUCCUUAUGCCAUAUAUCCUUAUAUUUUAAAUAAACUGAAGCGAAAUUACACAAUUGGUGUAGGUGCACUUAUACCGGUGACUGUAUCUUUACAAAUGUUAGAUUUCAUGUCAUCCAUGGAAAAUUUAAGUUUUACAGCUUGUAAUUGUUUGUUAGUCCUUAUGUUACAUACUAUUGGUUUUACAUGUAAUAAUUUAGUUGGAACAAUAUAUAUGAAAGAUAAAGAUGACUUAGAAAAUCAAGAUGUUAUAAUAUCAUAUAUAAAUUAUUGGGGUAAAAGAAUAGAUUUAAAGACAACUGUCGAUGAUAUUAUUCCUUUCACAGAAAAUAUGAGGAAUACUUCUAAUUCGCUAUAUAAAAUCUUAAGCACAAAGUCUUGUAAACAAAAAUUGAAAGUGUAUAUAAAAUAUGGAAAAAUCACAGAAGAAGCUAGUUUUUCCAAUAUUUUUGGAUAAUCUUUAACAAUAUUUAUUCCCUUGAUUAAAUAAAUAUUAUUACUGCAAAUAAAAAGCAAAUUUACUUUUAUGCUUUUUUCUACAACCACCUAUAAUGUGCAUAAGCUCGAUUUGCUUCACAUUGCUUAUGUAAAUCAUGUUUCUUUUUAAUAACUCGUCCCUGCAAAAUAUAUAUUUUAAUUAAAUACAAUUAUAAAAAAAAGUUAAUUAAACAUAAUUUCACAUUCAAAAAGAGGAAUUCGUUUUUAUAAGAAAAAUAAUUUUUUGUCAUAUUAUAUACUAUUUAACACACAUAACAAAUUAAAAAAUUACUAUAAAUAUACUUUAUUGUUCGCAGCAUCAAUGAUCUCUUUUGCCAAUACAUUAGGAAAUUUUUCGGCAUUCCCCUUGUCUUGUGCACAUUUAAUUAGCCAAUUCAUAGAUAAAAAUCGAGCUCUAUUUUCAUUCAUCGGUACAGGAACCUAUAUAUAUUAAUUUCUUAUAUUACAAAUUUCAAAUACCUAUUUAAUAAAUUAUUUAUUUAAUAAAAAUUACAUUUGUAUGUGUACCUGAUAAGAUAUUCCACCUCUAUAUAUUUUCCGUAGCUCUAAAAUAGGUGUACAAUUUUCUACAGCUUGAUACAAAAUUAUUUUUGGAUCCAAUAUGAUAUUUUCUCUAUGUUCAGGUGGGCUAUUAUAAUAUUCAUCCAAUUUUAUUAUCUUAA